CACUUCACUGCACAUCACCUGAAGUGUUGUGCCUCUUUAAUAUUGAGAAAUUAUGCAAUGACAAACAUGUCACAUAUAUCUCACAUGUCAUGUCAUGUGUAAAACAUUAAAGGAUAAGAUGUAAACUUAAGUUAACAAACAACCAAACUUCGACAACAAAACCCCACCCAGUUUUAUAGGGGUGUCUCCAUUGGCCUCCCUGUCUGUUAAUCCGUUCCCUCUUUAUUCCGCUCCUGCCAUUGGUCGGCGGUGACGACAAUCCGGAGACGUGAUCCCGCCCACCGAGCGGAUCAAGUUUGAAUGAACAACAGCAGUCUGUUCUAGAGGUGCUAGUUGCAUUUGCAGUAAUUAUUAAAAGUGUGUAUCAUAUCGCGGGGGCGCUGAUCAAGGAUGGACAUGAAGAAAAGAAUCCACCUAGAGUUGCGGAACCGCACUCCGUCAGAUGUCAAAGAACUUGUUCUAGACAACUGUCGCUCAAAUGAAGGAAAGAUCGAGGGUCUAACAGAUGAGUUUGAGGAGCUGGAAUUUCUAAGCACAAUCAAUGUUGGACUGACCUCAGUUGCCCACUUGCCGAAGCUAAAUAAACUCAAAAAGCUUGAACUCAGCGAUAACAGGAUCUCAGGAGGGUUGGAAGUUCUGGCAGCAAAAUGCCCCAACCUCACACAUCUCAACCUCAGUGGCAACAAGAUUAAAGACCUCAGCACAAUAGGACCAUUGAAAGAAUUGGGAACCCUUAAAAGUCUGGAUCUGUUUAACUGUGAAGUGACAAACCUGAACGAAUACAGAGACAACGUGUUCAAGCUGCUACCCCAGCUCACGUACCUGGACGGGUACGACAAAGACGACAAAGAGGCACCAGAUUCUGAUGCUGAGGUCUAUGCAGAGGGCUUGGAUGAUGACGAUGACGAUGAAGAUGAUGUCGAGGAGGAGGAGGAUGAUGAAGAUGCAGCACCAGGAGAGGAGGAGGAGGAAGGAGAGGAAGACGAAGAGGAGAAUGAAGAAGAGGAAGAGGAGGAUGUCAGUGGAGAGGAAGAAGAGGACGAAGAUGUGAAUGACAAGGAGGAUGAGGAUGAUGAAGAAGAAGAGCGAGGUCAGAAGAGAAAAAGGGAUCUGGAUGAAGAAGGGGAAGAAGGAGAAGACGAUGAAGACGAUUGAGGGUCCUCUUGAAGCUAAGUCGCGAACUGUUAAACUUGUAUCUCCCAGCCACUUCCCAACAACCCCAUGUAAUUUCCCCCCGUUUCAUAUUGCAGUAGGAGUGGUUUUUGUUAUUGGCCAGUCAGGUAGACGGGGUUGUCUGGAGAAAUAUGUUAAAUUUAUGUACCUUUGAUGCUCCUGUGUUCCAGUCUUUACAGUCCACUUUUAUCUGCUCCGUGGACACCAAUUUUGUAAUAUCCAAUAAUGGCAAAGAUAAACCUUUUUAAGAAAUGUUUUUUUCUUUUCUCACGUUGUGUAAGACCAGUUUCUGAUGUAUUUUAUUUAAAACCCCCUUCAAAAGAAAAUACAAAACAAAAAAAGAGUGCAUGUCUAAACAUUUUAAAGUCAAAUACUGGAUAUCAUGUAUGGCUGUCCUCUCCUCGUCUUAAACUUAUUUUUGCAUCGUACUUUUAUCUCUUUUUUUUUAAUGUAAGUUAUGUAUUUGUAGUGUCACCAGUAUGCCAAUACUCUCUGCUGUCCUGGUGUGAAACUUCUGUCUGAACAUGCACAGUGUGACCCUCACAGGGCAUAUUUUUAAAUCCUAGCAAAGAAAUGUCUGCCCUUCUCAAAGCCGCUCCUCCUCCUUAAACCCUCAGCUUUGAUAGUUCGGAAAUUACGUGUUCUUGUAAAUACUGACCAAAUCUAUUUUUUUGUAUUCUCUUUGAUGACGGCAGACAUUGAACAGACAACUGAGGUGAAACUUUUACUUGUAAUAAGAUAUUAAAUAUGUAUGCUGCUUUAUCUAAAAAAACGCAGUGUGACAUUUCUUGAAUUUGAACAUAACUUUGUAUGCAUAAUCUUUCCAUAAAGAGAAAUGUUCAACAUCAAAACUCAUCAUCACUCUUCCCAUGUUCUUUUCUGUGACACACAGGUGGCAAUGUUUGAAUUUGUGGUGGUAGUGUAGAGAAAUACUUGAUAUAAACGGAGGUUACAACUGCAAAUUAUGUGCAUAGAAAUGUUAUUGUUACAAAAUGUAAACUCUGGAAAACGGUCAGUUACUUGGACUUUGUUUUCACUAUUAUUCGUACUGGUCAAAUUGGCCUACCUCAGUGAUUUUUCACUCCAUGUUAAAUCCACUGUCAUCAGCCAAAUUGUUUAAUUUUCCCUCCCAUUCACUUCAAUAAAUCCCUUUUUUAUAUAC